UCCUAAUAAUAAUUCCCCAAAUUUAACACACCCCUCCAAGAAUCACCACACCAUCUCCUCUCUCUCUCUCUCUCUCAAAAGGUCACUCUUUUACAAACUACUUAAAAACCCUCACCCUGUGUUCUUGUUUCUCUCUCAUUUCUCUCUUGUGAGAGGGGAAAAAGAGAGCCCCUCGUGGCAGUGGAAGUCAUACUGGAUUUUACUACUCUACUUGUCAACACCCCGUCUUGAGAAAAUCAUCGAAAUUUACAAGUGAAAGACCAAGAAAAACCGUCUCCCAUGGAUACAUACGAGGCUACUAAAGCAGUGAUGUCAAGGAUCCAAGCUUUGGAUCCGGAGAACGCUUCAAAAAUCAUGGGUUAUAUACUGAUACAAGACCAAGGGGAGAAGGAGAUGAUAAGGUUAGCCUUUGGCCCUGAAGCCCUUUUGCUGUCUUACAUCAACCAAGCUAAGGCCUGUUUGGGGCUUGCUUCGAGUAGCCCUUCUUCAAACCCUUCAACCCCUCUCUCAAAUCCCAUGAGAACAAACAACCCUUUUCCUCAAAGUUCACCAAGAAUCUUGAUACCAAAUAAUGGGUUCCAUUUGAGCAACCCAUCUUCACCUGCUGCUGCUUUCCAAAGAAGCAGUCCGAGACCUUUCUCUUAUGCUGCUGCACUCAAUGGUUCUAGUGCUGGUGCUAAUAGUAGUAGUAACAACGGUUCAGGUUCAUCAGGCUUGAGCUUUUAUGGCGGCAAUGAGUUUGGAAAUGAGUUCUUGAGUGGUGGUCGUGGUGGUGGGCACCCUCAAGUUCAAGAUCAGCUGUCCUUUUUUGAUGACUCCAUGGUGGAUCCAAUAAUGAGUCCAAGUGGGAGAAGUGAUUCUCUGGUUUUCCCUUAUGGCGAGGAUGUGAACAGCAGCCUCUCCUCCCCCCACCCCCACCACCCAUUUCACAGGCGGAGCUGUUCAGUGAAUGAUGCUGCAUUUCUGUCUAAUCUUGAGGAAGGAGGUAGUAAUGGGAGUGGAUUUGGGUGGAGGCCUUGCAUGUAUUUCGCAAGGGGUUUUUGCAAGAAUGGGAGUGCUUGCAAGUUCUUGCACAGUGAAAUUGGAGGUGGUGAAGCAGUUGAGGUGGGGUCUCCAAGCAAGAAUUCUUCUGGAUUUGAUGAGUUGUUGAGAGUGAAAGCUCUUCAGCAGCAGAGGUUUGCACUUAUGGCUUACGGAGGUCACCAUCCUUUUGCUUACAACAAGAACAUGGAUUUACUGAAUGAGCAUCCGAGGAGUGACUUUUCGUCAAUGGGUUUGAUGGGUGGUGUGAAUUCGAGCUCCCGACAGAUUUACUUGACGUUUCCAGCUGACAGUACAUUCAAGGAAGAGGAUGUAUCCAAUUAUUUUAGUAUGUUCGGACCAGUGCAAGAUGUUAGGAUCCCUUAUCAGCAGAAGCGAAUGUUUGGGUUUGUGACAUUCGUCUACGCCGAGACUGUUAAGCUGAUUCUUGCAAAAGGAAACCCUCAUUUUGUGUGUGAUUCUCGUGUGCUUGUCAAACCUUACAAGGAGAAAGGAAAAAUCCCAGACAAGAAACAACAGCAGCAGCAACAACACUUGGAGAGAGGGGAGUUUUCAGCUUGCUUAAGCCCUUCGGGAAUUGAUUCUAGAGAUCAUAACAUCGAUCUCCCCUUUGGAUCUAGAAUGUUGUUCAGUACACAAGAGAUGAUGCUCAGAAGAAAAUUGGAACAGGAGGCAGAGUUACAGCAUGCUAUUGAACUUCAAGGUCGAAGGAUGAUGAAUUUACAACUAAUGGACCUGAAAAAUCAGCAUAAUAAUCAUCAUUUUCUUCCAAGCUUGCGGGCGGGCAUUUCAAUUUCCUCCCCAAGACAGUCUCAGUUAUUGAUGAAUCAAAAUUUUGUUGCUGCUUCUGAUGCAAUUAACCAAGAAAAUUCAGAAGAGUUUGAUGGUAACCAGGAAGCAGCUAAGUCUCAAGUUGCUGCUGUAGAUCAGAAGUUGGUGCCAGAAGGAACUGAGUCUUCUACUGACAACGUUGUUGGUGGGAAUAAGCAGCAGAAUGUUCAUGGUGAUGACUCUGAUCUCCCUGAAAGCUUGGAGCAUAUCCUUCCUGAUAAUCUCUUUGCUUCUCCUACAAAAUCAGCUGCUGAACAUCACACUGUUUUCUCCCAAACUUCAGCAUCAGCUGAUGAUCGCACACCUGUAACAAUCAAAUCCUCUAACAACACCACCCCUGGGCCGCCCUGCAGUUCUCCCCUCAGCAUGGCUUCUCUCAAAUCAUGUUACGUUCAGAUGCCAAGGUUUUCUUCUGGGCAAGAAGCCAUCGAAAUGUAGGGCGUCAGAGCUGAUAAUGGCUAGCAAGCAGGAAUUAACAUAGCUUGAAAGUUUGAGUUAGCAUAUACAAGGAAGUAAAAAAGGUCAUGUAGCUGUAUAGCCAAACCAUACCCACAACAACAGAAGCAAAAGAUGUGUAAGGAAAAAUCUCAUGAGGACUAUUGUCAUCACCAAUACCAUACUACUACUACUACUACUACUAGAAGUUACAACAAAUACAUAAUGCAUGGGCAAAGGACAGAUGAACUGAUUUAUGAGAGUGGGGUCUCUCUCUCUUUGUUCAUUUUGUACCCUCUCUGUAGUUAUUUGUGCUGGACCACAGUAGAACACAAACAUCAUAUAACAAAGAAAACCUACUAUAUUAACUCUUACUAUUAUAGAAUAGAAAUUUUACCUCUCGUCUCUUCUUAUCUUUCACAACCCCCCAACCCCCCAACAAAAAAGAUCAAAAGGCAAAAGUUACAGAAUCCCAAACGGGUGAGAAAUGCAUGGAUGGUAAAAAAAAAGCAGGAUUUUCAUGGAUGAUGCUGUGAAAAA